UCCUCUGGCUGGCACCAUGCAGCUCUCUCUUGCCCUGUGUCUCGUCUGCCUGCUGGUGCACGCAGCCUUCUGUGCGGUGGAGGCCCAGGGGUGGCAGGCCUUCAAGAACGAUGCCACCGAAAUCAUCCCUGAGAUGGACGAGUACCCCGAGCCCCCACCAGAGCUGGAGAACAACAAGACCAUGAACCGGGCGGAGAACGGAGGGAGGCCUCCGCACCACCCCUUUGAGACUAAAGACGUGUCCGAGUACAGCUGCCGCGAGCUGCACUUCACCCGCUACGUGACGGACGGGCCGUGCCGCAGUGCCAAGCCGGUCACUGAGCUCGUGUGCUCGGGCCAGUGUGGACCCGCACGCCUGCUGCCCAACGCCAUCGGCCGCGGCAAGUGGUGGCGCCCGAACGGGCCCGACUUCCGCUGCAUCCCCGACCGCUACCGCGCGCAGCGGGUGCAGCUGCUGUGUCCUGGCGGCGCAGCGCCGCGCGCGCGCAAGGUGCGCCUGGUGGCCUCUUGCAAGUGCAAGCGCCUCACCCGGUUCCACAACCAGUCGGAGCUCAAGGACUUUGGGCCAGAGGCCGUGCGGCCGCAGAAGGGUCGGAAGCCGCGGCCCCGCGCUCGGGGCGUUAAAGCCAACCAGGCCGAGCUGGAGAAUGCCUACUAGAGCCACCCGUCCGCAGCGCCUCCCCAGGCGGUGCCCCCAAUCCGGGCGCCUCAGGUUUCUGCUCUCUGCGCGCGGUUUGAUUGUUUGUAUCUCAUUUUAAAUGCCUGCAACCCAGGGCAGGGGGCUGAGACCUGCCUGGCUUCGAGGGAGGUAGCCAGACCUCGCGGAUCCUGGGUGCCAUCAAAGCCCCACUGUCCCCGCCAGCCCACCCGCCCAGGGGUUCCCGCAGGGAAGGGAGCUGAGAGUCACAGACACUGAGCCAUGCAGCCCCGCCCACUGGGGCCGCCUACCUUUGCAGGUCCCACUUCAGAGGAGGCAGCAAAGGAAGCAUUUCACCGCCCCGGGGUUUUUAGGGAGCGGUGGGAGUGAGAAAAGUCUGGGGACUGGUUAAGAAAGUUCGAUAGAUUCCGCGUCCACCUCUCUGCCUGUCGUAAAGCCUUUAGCGCCAUGCUAUGCGGAGAACACAGGACUGGGGGCCACAAAUAGGGUUUCUAGUCCUGGCUCUGCCACUAAUUGCUGGGUGAACUUGGACUAUACUCGUUUCUUUCUGGACCUCGAUUUCCUCUUUGUAGAAUGCAGUGGGGUGGGGGCAGAUUAGGAUCUUGAGCAACCUUCUGUCAUGUGAUUCCAAGGACUUGGGUGCCUUUUGAAUGGGCAGGGAGAGAGAUUGGACUGAAUCACUGCCAUGGUCAUGUCCAGAGUUUGGAGUUGUAAUCCUCUAAUCUGACAGCCAAAGAUGAAAAACAAGCAAGAAAAAAGAAAAGAGUGUAUUCAUGACUGACAAACUCCUGAAAGACACACUGAGUUGUUUCCCAGCCUAGCCUCCCCAGAUGUUUGGCUACCUCCACUCCUACAUCUCAAAGGAUGCAGAAACAACAUCAUCAAUUGGGGUAGAGAAGGAGAAGGUCCCAAGGGUUGUGGGAAGGACAGAAAGCACCCCUUAUUCCCAAAGAGCGGCACUCUGCCCUCUCUCCAUAUUUUAGUCACCUUCUGCAGAGAAGCUCAAAGUCCCAGGACACUGGGCUUGCAAGCCCACUGGAGCAGCCACCACCCUUUCAAGCACCAACAGAUCCCUCCAGAGGCACCUCCUCCUGCCUACCACUUACGGACACAUUUUUGACUAGAAAAUAGCUUCUUACUGUUGUUAUGUGUGACGGCAUAUCUCACAUUAAAGUAACAAUAUUGGGGAAAAAAUUACAAAUGCUGUACAUAUGCUGAGAAACCGCA